UAACUAUGUGGCUUUGGGCCUUUUCGGAGCUAAGGAAGGAAUCUGACAGGUUAAACUUAAAGAGAAGUUUCCUGGCCUUUACCAGCCCUGGUAUCUAUAUGUAUAUGUUGAUUUGUAUCCAACUACCAACACAAACCAUAAGCCUCUCUUCUCUUUAACCUUCUCUUGCAUUACUUUUCAAUCCACCGUCGAGAUACAAAAGAAGAUUUUCAUCUCCAAGUUUAACCAAUCGGCGAGUUUAGUUGGUAAGUGAGCAAAACAUCAAUAUAUCCUAAAGUUAGUACCAAGGAAGAGAAAUGGGAGUUGCUGGGACCAUGGAGUACUUGUCUGAAUUAAUCAGCAGUGGCAAGAAGGGUAAGAAAAGGAAGCAGUUAAAUACUGUGUCUCUCAAAAUCAGGAUGGACUGUGAAGGUUGUGUGCUCAAAGUCGAGAAAACUCUCUCUUCACUCAAAGGAGUGAAAUCUGUUGAUGUGGACUUGAAGCAGCAAAAGGCCACUGUAACUGGGUAUGUUGAUGUCAAAAAAGUGUUGAAGGCAGCUAAGUCAACUGGGAAAAAGGCUGAACCAUGGCCUUAUGUUCCAUACAAUCUAGUGGCUCAUCCUUAUGUUGCACAGGUUUAUGACAAGAAGGCACCUCCAAACCUUGUCAGAAAGACAGAGGAUCCUGCCAUUGCACAUUUGAAUCCAGUUGAAGAACAAUAUUCCCUCAUGUUCAGUGAUGAGAAUCCAAAUGCCUGCUCUAUCAUGUAG